CGGUGGUCAGCUGCCGACGGAGAGAGUUAUUCGUUUGUCAUACAUACAUUGUGUGUUUAUAUAUUCUUAUGUAGACAUGUUUGUCAACUUCCUUUUUCUCUUUUCAUUGACACAUGUUGAGUGUGAAGAUGCUCUCAUCGUUUCGCUGGCACCAGAUAGAUCAGAUAACGGCCAUCUUGUGUUCUUUAAAACCAACUCUUUAACCCAUUCUUCAAAAGAUGACCCAGUACCUCUUGCUUUUCCAAAUGCAACGAACAUCAAAGAGUUGCUUUACGAUCCCCUGGAAAGGACCCUAUAUAUGACAGAUAUUCUAUCCAAUUUAUUCAGAACGGAAAACAUCUCCCACAGCAUCAAGCCUGAUGAACUUACAAGUAACGUGAUUGAUACGUUUUCUUCUUCAUCUUCAAAAAUAGCCAUAGACUGGGUAUCAAAGAACCUCUAUUACAUAGACCCAUCAUUCCGAUGGAUCAUUGUACAACCUCUCUACGCCGUUGGUCGCUCGGGCAGGAAAACGCUGAUCGAAGGACUGAUAUCACCAAAAGCCAUUGCUGUUGACCCAUUAAAUGGAUAUUUGUUUUGGUCUGCGGGACACAGUGGACGAUUUGCCAUCUUUAGGUCAUCCCUCUCAGGCAGUGAUCAAACGCUGUUGGUACACAGUCUCCUAUUGGUCAGUGAUAUCACCAUCAGUGAUGUAGAGAAACGGGUCUAUUGGUUGGAUAUCGGAAGAGAAACUCUGGAAACAUGCACAUAUGAUGGAACAGAUAGAAGAGUAUUAAAGCGAUCCGACUCUUUGCUUAUGUUAAUGAGUGGUCUUACUUUGCACAAGGACCUUAUUUGUGUUGCUAUACAAGCUGCUUACCUUGUUGAGUGCAUUGACAAGGAAACCGGACAGACAAAAUGGCAGCACCUGUUUCAGUGGCUGAAAGACGGCAAAUACGAAUACAAGAUUCCCAAGACCCUCAAAUUUAUCCCAGCCAUGACACUCGAAAACAUAACACAGCCAUGUGAAGAACAGAACUGCGAGUAUUUGUGUAUAAUUACUAGAGAAAGCAUCGCCAAAUGUUAUUGUCCAGAUGGAUUCAUAUUGGAUGUCAACGGACGCAACUGUACACGAAAUAAUGUUUUACCUCAAAAAUCUCUUUUGCUGUCAAACACAUCAUCAAUAUGCUUUGUGGAUGUUCUAUCUCUAACUGGGAUGCCAAUAGCGCUGAAUUGUAUUCAGCACUGGGAGAGAUCCAUAUCUAACGUUGCGGUUGAUAGUCGUCAAGAUAAGAUCUAUUUCGAGGACAAUGACAGCAAAAAACUAAUGAUACUGGACGUACAAUCCGGUCAAACAACAGAAUUCUUUUCAAUUUCUGGUGUUUCGGGUAUUUGCAUAGACUGGUUGACCAGUGAUGUCUACUGGGCAGAGAAAACGGCGGGAUUAAUUAUAUUUAUCAACGAAAGGUUUCCGAUGGAGAUGCCUUUAUUCCAAAAUGUUGACAAUCCAUUCUCUCUCACGAUUGAUCCUCAUAACAGAACAUUGUACUGGCUAAGCGGUGGCAUGGGUACCUACAAGAUAGAGGCGGGGUCCUCGGACGGCACAAAGCGGUGGGUCGUGGUCGACAGUCAGCACCUGAAAUAUCCCACACAACUUUUAUAUACUACCACAGAUAAUAGGUUAUCGUGGAGUGAUGUGGAUGGUGUUUAUUCUUUGGACAUGGAAACCUCCAAGAUACAAUCAUUUCCUUCCAGCAAUAUCAAGUCAUUUACAAAAUAUAAAGGAUUCAUCAUGAUUUUGAAAAACAACAACGAAGCUCUGGUAAUAGACACGGAAUCUAACAGUUUACACCAACAUUUAGACUCUCCGGGAUUUGGAAAUGUUAUCGUUUACGAUAGAUCUGAACAACCAGCAACAAAAGACCUUUGUCGUGUUCGAAAUGGUGAUUGUGAGCAUAUCUGCAUUCCUAGAGCAGAGGGUACCCGAACAUGCCAAUGUCGCUUAGGAUUUAAGUUAAAGAGUGACAAGAAAGCGUGUAUAUCUUCUCCAUUAAAACACGAUUUUGUGUUGACUGUUGACUUUACACACGCCGCCAUUUUCCAAGUGUCAAUGACCGAUGCUGAAGUAGUAGCAAUUGAUGUCAACGAAACAAUGCAUCCAGUUAACGCCAUAUUCCACCCCCUCCACCGUAAUCUGAUCUACUCGGAUGCGAUGUACCGCGAGAUCAGACAAUUAUCAUUGUCGGGACACAGUUAUGUUUCUCUGACUAACACAGGUUCAUUCGAACCACAGGCCUUGGUUGUUGAUCCAACCACUGGACAUCUGAUCUACUCUGCUGUAAGUAGCAAGUCCUACAUAGGAAUACUGAAUAUGGAAACCAAGGAGAGGAAAACCGUGGUUCCCGGACUAACAUCUGUCUACAAUAUAGCUAUAUAUCCAAAGAAAGGGUUUUUGUUUUGGUCGGACCUCGUGUACUCUGCCUCCUAUAUCGGCCGUUCCUAUAUGGAUGGCUCGGCGAUGAGCAAUCUGAUAUUUAAGGACAUCUUACAACCAAACAGCCUGACGAUGGAUUAUAAAAAUGAACUGUUAUAUUGGACGGAUGGCGAGUUACGAACAAUAAACUACUGCGAUCUGAACGGAGAGAACCGAGGAGUCCUGUUAAACGACAACACGAAGAAGUUUAUGUUGUUUGACAUCAGUGGAGACUAUUUCUAUUUCACGGCCCUUGAUGACCAAAAAAUAACAAAGGCCUCAAUUUCAAAUGCGAGCGAGAUCGCGUGGAUGAACUAUACAGCGAACUUUGGGAAGCUUCAUUCGCUGCAAGUCUAUGGCGUCAAGGAUAUACCGGUAAAUGAUGUUUGUUCGAAAACUAAUGGUGGUUGCAGCACUUUUUGUCUACCUACUGCCAACAGUCGCAAGUGCGCAUGUCCUGACGGAGUGAAACUACUUUCGGACAGAAAAACAUGUGACGGAGUAAUUAAAUGUCCAGAGGAUAUUCCAAAUGGUCGACUGAGUCCCGACUGUGCUCCCUACUUUGGAAACAAAUGUACAUUUACGUGUAACCCGGGCUUUACAACGCAGACUGCCGAAGUUCUGUGUCAGGAAACUUGGAACGUUUCAUCUCUUUGCGUGGCGGUGGUCACCGAGCGUGCAAUGACGGACCCGACCAAUGAUGGAGCCAUUGCUGGGGGGAUCGUGGCAGCCAGUCUGGCGGUGACCCUUGUACUGGUCCUCAUCAUCAUUUUUCUCUGUCGAAGGGCCAGCGAUUCCCCUACCCCCGACUCCGGCACCAUUCACUACGGGGCUAAUUCCAACGGCAAUUCCAAUGGUGCCAGAAAGGCUUCCAGGGUUAUAAUCGAGGAAGCACCCUCCAACAACACCUGACAGAUUAAAGCUGUUCUUUAUGUUAAAAACAAAAAUUUAGAUAUAAUAAAUUCGAAAAGAAUGAAUGUGUGUGGAAGAGGGGAUCCAACAUCUAAUUGCGUUGUUUGCUCUGAAAAUUGUGAUUUUCCUUUAACAAGUUUAAUGCAAGCGCUUACAUAUCCAAAUGGAUUGCAAUGUUGUGUAGAAAUA